AUGCACAUGCCCCUGCACGUUCAGGAACAGUGCGAAUGCUCCUUUAAAUGCAUGUACAGCCCGCACCUAUUGCAGGAAGAGGAGGAGGAGGAGGAGGAGGAGGAAGACGAGAAUAUCAUGACUGAACUCUCUCCAGAGGCACAGAAGAUCAUUGUUGAUCAACACAACGAAGUCAGGAGACAGGUUCAGCCCACUGCUUCCAAUAUGCUGAAAAUGGUAUGGGACGACACAGUUGCUAAGAAUGCUUACCAAUGGGCAGAGCAAUGCGUUCUGGCAAGCAGUCCAGACGACAGCCGAAAACUGUUUAACACAUCGUGCGGCGAGACUAUAUUUCACUCCAAUCGUGUCACAAUGUGGCCCGAGAUCAUCAACCUCUGGAUGAAUGGAAAAGAAUAUUUCAAGUAUGGUGUUGGGGCGACUGACCCCAGAAAAAACAUAUUUGCCUACACUCAGCUUAUUUGGUAUAACUCCUACAGGAUUGGAUGUGCAGUUGCGUAUUGCCCCGAAAUUACUUUCCCUUUUGUGUACGUAUGCCACUACUGCCCAGGAGGGAACCUCAUGAACCAAAUUCCAAAACCCUACAAAGAAGGCCCACCUUGUGGAGACUGCCCUAACAACUGUGAGGAUAAACUCUGCACCAACCCCUGUAAGUAUAUGGAUAUUAUUCUCAACUGCAAGGAGAUGGUGCAAACCUUCUCGUGCCGGAAGAAAAUGGUGCGCAGAGGUUGCAAAGCCACCUGUAGAUGCGAAACGGAGAUUAUAUAA